AUGACCGGUUCGGAUUCAACUGAACAAAAUAAACAACAAGAAGGAAAUAAAGAUGAUGGAAAAAAACCAGUUGAAAUUAAAGAAGAAGAUUUAUCUGAAGAGGAUAAACAAUUAAAAGAAGAACUUGAAUUGUGUGUUGAACGUUUAAAAGAGAAUGAUACACAUUUAUAUCGGCCCGCACUUGAAACACUUCGACAAAAAAUUCGUGAAUCAACUAGUUCAAUGACAAGUGUACCAAAACCAUUAAAAUUUAUGAGACCAUUUUAUAAGGAUAUGGUUGAGAUAUAUGAAAAAAUUCAAGAUGUUCAUAAUAAAUCUUUAUGUGCUGAUAUUGUUUCAGUUCUCGCUAUGACAGCAAUCGAUACAAAAGAAGUACUUAAAUAUCGUUUAUUAGGUUCAAAUCAAGAUAUUGGCAUGUGGGGACAUGAAUAUAUUAGACAUUUAUCAGCUGAUAUUGCUUCUGAAUGGGAAUCAACAGAAACAAAUCCUGAACUUCGUCAACGUCUUCUUUCAUUAACAAAUGAUAUAAUACCAUUUUUAAUGCGUCAUAAUGCUGAAGCUGAUGCAUGUGAUCUUUUAAUGGAAAUAGAACAAUUAGAUUUAAUUGAAACAUUUGUUGAUAAAGAUACUUUCUCACGUGUUUGUCUUUAUUUAACUAGUUGUGUACCUUAUGUACCUGAACCAGAUGAUACGAAAUUAUUACGCACAGCAUGUAAACUUUAUCGUCAUUAUGAUCAAUAUCCAUUAGCAUUACGUUGUGCUAUACAAUUAAAUGAUAUGGAUCUUAUACGAGAUUUAGUUAAUACAUGCCCAUCAAGUUUAGUUAAAAAACAACUUGCAUUUAUGUUAGGACGACAACAAAUUAUUUGGAAUGUUACAGAAGUCGAUGGUGAAGAUCCUGAUGAAUUAACAAAUAUAAUGUCGAAUUCACAUUUAACAUCAAAUUUUUUGUCAUUAGCUCGUGAACUUGAUAUAAUGGAAGCUAAAUUACCUGAAGAUAUUUAUAAAACAUAUUUAGAUAAUACAAAUCGAUCAAAUUAUAAUCAACCUGAUUCAAGUAAACAAAAUUUAGCAUCGGCAUUUGUUAAUGGAUUUGUUAAUGCCGCAUUUGGACAAGAUAAAAUUGUAACACAAGAUACAAAAUGGUUAGCAAAAUAUAAAGAUAAUGGUUUAUUAAGUGCGACAGCUUCACUUGGUCUUAUUGUUCUUUGGGAUGUUGAUGGUGGUCUUAGUUUAAUUGAUAAAUAUCUUUAUAGUUUUGAUGAUAAUAUGAAGGCUGGUGCACUUCUCGCUUGUGGUAUUGUCAAUUGUGGAGUUCAAAAUGAUUGUGAUCCAGCAUUGGCACUUCUCGGUGAUUAUGUUUCACAUAAAGAUACACCAUUCCGUGUUGGUUCUAUUGUUGGUUUGGGUCUUGCUUAUGCAGGUACCAAUCGUGAUGAUGUUAUUGAACUUAUUAGUAAUGCAUUACGUGAAGGAAAUCCAUCAAUGGAAGUUAUUUCUUUAGCAUGUCUUUCAAUUGGUAUAAUUGCAGUUGGUUCAUGUAAUGCUGAUGUAUCAACAACAUUAUUAAGUAUUUUACUUGAACGAAGUGAACUUGAACUUAAAGAUCAUUUUGCUAAAUUUAUUGCACUUGCUAUUGGUCUACUCUUUCUUAGCAAAGGUGAAGCUGUUGAACCUAUGUUAGAAUCUCUUAAAGUAAUCAAUGAACCAUUACGUUCAUUUGCAACGGUACUUGUUGAAUGUUGUGCAUACGCUGGUACAGGAAAUGUUUUAAAAGUUCAACGUAUGUUACAUAUAUGUAGUGAACAUUUUGAAAACAAAGAUGAAAAAAAAGAAGGUGAAAAAGAAUCAUCAAAAGAUAAAGACAAAGAUAAAAAGAAAGAAGAUGAAACAGCUACACAAAAUGCUGCUCAUCAAGCUGCAGCUGUACUUGGUAUUGCAAUGAUUGCUAUGGGAGAAGAAAUUGGUUCAGAAAUGGCAUUACGUUCAUUUGGACAUUUGUUACGUUAUGGUGAACCAGUUAUUAAACGAGCUGUACCUCUUGCACUUGCUUUAUUAUCUGUAUCAAAUCCAAAAUUAAAUAUAAUUGAUACAUUAAGUAAAUUUUCUCAUGAUGCAGAUCAUGAAGUAUCAUAUAAUUCUAUUUUUGCAAUGGGUAUUGUCGGUGCUGGUACAAAUAAUGCUCGUUUAGCUGCAAUGCUUCGACAAUUAGCUGUUUAUCAUGGAAAAGAUAUGAAUAAUUUAUUUAUGGUUCGUCUUGCUCAAGGUCUUACACAUCUUGGUAAAGGUACAAUGACACUUAAUCCAUAUCAUAGUGAUCGAAUGCUUCUUUGUCGUGUGGCAUUGGCUGGUUUACUUACUGUACUUGUUUCAUUAUUUGAUGUUAAACAAACUAUUAUUGGUAAAUAUCAUUAUUUACUUUAUUUUCUUGCAUUGGCUAUUCAACCACGUAUGCUUGUUACAUUUGAUGAAUCACUUCGACCAUUACCAGUACCUGUUCGUGUUGGACAAGCAGUUGAUGUUGUUGGUCAAGCAG